AGGCUGAGAGGUAGCAUCAAGCUUGACUGACUGGGGUGAUUUUUUCAAUCUGCUGUGACUGCCGGUUUAUUUUUCCUUCAACAGACAACUGCGGUGUUCAGGAAAAUCUUCAAGAAAAUACAGGGAAAAUGCAUAGUGUUCAGCAAAUGUCUGGUCACGAUCUGGGAGCAUUGAAAAGGAGAACAAUGGGCAAGAAAAGUAGAGUCAAAACGCAGAAGUCAGGAGGUGGAGCGACAGCAACUGUUUCUACAAAGGAAAUAAUGAAUCUGAUAACAGAAUUACUGCAAAAAUGCAGCAAUCCUUCCACAGUACCUGGAAAGGAAUGGGAAGAAUACGUGCAGAUCCGUGGCUUGGUUGAGAAAAUUCGUAAAAAGCAGAAAGGAUUGUCGGUUGUCUUUGAUGGGAACAGAGAACAGCACUUUGAUGAACUACUGCAGUGGGCAGCUGACUGUGGAGCCUCAACUGAGGGUUUUGAAAUCACUUAUUUUCCAGAAGAGGGCUAUGGUUUAAAGGCAACUAAAGACAUUAAGGCAGAAGAACUUUUUUUGUGGAUCCCCAGAAAAAUGCUGAUGACUGUUGAAUCUGCCAAAAAUUCUGUGUUGGGUCCAGUUUAUACCCAGGACCGGAUUCUACAAGCCAUGGGAAAUAUUACCCUUGCGUUUCACCUGCUUUGUGAACGUUUGAAUCCCAAUUCCUUCUGGUUAUCCUACAUUAAGACACUACCUAUGGAGUAUCACACCCCUUUGUAUUUUGAAGAGGAAGAAGUGCACUACCUCCAGUCAACGCAAGCCAUCCAUGAUGUUUUCAGUCAGUAUAAAAACACCGCUCGCCAGUACGCUUACUUCUAUAAACUUAUCCAGACCCAUCCAAAUGCUAGCAAAUUGCCCUUGAAGGAAUCUUUCACCUUUGAUGACUACAGAUGGGCUGUCUCUUCUGUCAUGACACGCCAGAAUCAAAUUCCAACUGAAGAUGGCUCCCGAGUCACUUUGGCUCUUAUACCUCUGUGGGAUAUGUGUAAUCACACCAAUGGCUUGAUUACAACUGGUUACAAUCUGGAGGAUGAUCGUUGUGAAUGUGUCGCUCUACAGGAUUAUAAAGCCGAAGAUCAGAUCUAUAUUUUCUAUGGUACUCGUUCCAAUGCUGAGUUUGUGAUACAUAAUGGAUUUUUCUUCGAUAAUAAUUCGCACGACAGAGUGAAAAUAAAGCUGGGAGUGAGUAAAAGUGACCGCCUUUAUGCUAUGAAAGCAGAAGUUUUAGCUCGUGCUGGCAUACCAACGUCCAGUGUAUUUGCCUUGCACUGCAGUGAACCUCCUAUCUCAGCCCAGCUGUUGGCGUUUCUCCGUGUCUUCUGCAUGAGUGAAGAUGAAUUGAAAGAACAUCUUGUGGGAGAACAUGCAAUCGAUAAGAUCUUUACCUUGGGAAACUCUGAUUUCCCAGUAAGCUGGGAUAAUGAAAUCAAAUUGUGGACUUUCCUUGAAACCAGAGCUGCACUCCUCUUAAAAACAUAUAAAACUACUACUGAGGAUGAUAGGUCACUGCUUGAAAAGCCAGAACUGUCCUACCACACCAAGAUGGCCGUCCAGCUCCGCACAGCAGAGAAGGAGAUCUUGGAAAAGGCAGUGCAAAGUGCUGCUACAAAAAGAGAGCACUUUAUAGAACGCCAAGACAAAGGUGCACCACUUCCCAAAUAUGAGGAAAGUAACAUCGCCAUGCUAGAGAACACUGCAACAGACUCCAAAAUUCCAAUGGUGCUGGGAAACCUAAACAUUGAUGAUGAAGGAGAGCAGGAUUUGAAUUUAACGGAAGCCCUCGGGAAGGCAAUUGUAGAAGGGGGAGGCAUCGUGAAUGGAGAGAGCACUUUUCCCAUUGGUACCAAUCCCAAAGAUCAUGAAAACCCUGAACAGGAAGACAAUGCCAAAGAGACCGGAGAUACCAUAAAGACUAUAUCAGAAAAGAAUGAGCACAUUAAAACAGUAGAAAUUGGAGAACAAUCAUGAAAUAUAUUGAAAAAAGAUGCUUAUCUUUAGGUGAAGUGGAAAUGGGAACUCUGAACAUUUCUAUAGCUGAAAGUGCAGCGCAUUUGAUCAUGUCCUUUUAAGGUGAGAUGAGUUGUAGCUGAAGUGUCUUGUCAAGGGAGCUUACUUUCUUUUAAAAUUUCAGUUUGUUUAAAAGAAGUGGUCUUCAAAUAGCUUCCAGCUUAAUUUUGCCUAUUCCCAUUGUUGGAUUUGAAUACUGGGAGGACUGUCAACCAGUUUAAAUGAAAUUUUCAGCAUCAAAAUUCAGUCAAUUAAAACUUUUUUUUUAGCUCUACAGAAUGAAAUCUAACAGUGAAACAGUGGUGUAAAGUAAUUCUUUUUGAUUUAGUAACAUGUGUAUGUUGUUUGGUACACAAGUUUAAAAAAAUUGUGCUUUUCAACACAAUAUUCAUUUUGUUUCUACAUAUGAAGAAUUUCCACAGGAGUGCAGACUCAUAUGCACUCAAAUGCAUCCACAGUGACCACAAACCAGUUGCCCCUUGUUGACUAUUAUAAUCAGGUGGUUACUAUUUCUAGUUUUUGUUUUUUAUUGGUGCAAAGAAUAUCAAGUGGUGAGUGAGUAACCAACUGGUAUGUCAUAGACUGAAUGUCAUGGUUCCAUAUGUCUGCUGUAGACACGUUGUAAGCAUUAUAUGUAACCACAAGAUAGGGGUUGAUAUAGAAUUCUGAAGUAUGACUUCCAGUGAGGCUCAACUUUCUGACUGGGCAAACUGAAGUGCCAAGCCUUUUACAACCACAGCAUAGAAACUCAUAAAUCCUUAGAAGCUCCAGAGUCUUUGAUGUUGAUUGGUUCAUACAUUUGGCACCAGUGUCAUCUGCAAACAGUUAAGGAAAUCUAGACUAAUAUUUUCUGUUUGAGCCUGUGAUAAUUUAAACUGGUGUGGUCCUUAGUUCCCAUGAGAAUGUUAGUGCUAUUUGUUUGGAUCCCUCAACCAAAGGCAUAUCCCAUCUGCAAAAGACUGUGGACAGAUGGCUACCAGAACUGGGUUUUCUUCUACUUAUAAACAUGGAAUUCUGUUAGUGCUAAGGUUUAAUGACCUUCGUAAACUGAUGAUCCAACAUAAUCAAAACACAAAGGACUAAUCCCUUUUUGUCCCCUCCACAUCCCUCUACCCAAGUGAUUGAUGACAUUACCUUAUCAUAAUCAAAGUCAUCCAUAUUCUUACUUUUAGACUGAAGUUGUCACUCUGACUGUAUAUUGGAUGACCAUAUCCUAUUUUGACGGGUUAAAAUGAAUUAAUAGUACAGUGAUUAUUAUGAGGAAACAAAUUUGUUCUCUUUCAAAUACUGAGUAAACAGCAUGGUUUAAAUUAAAGCAUAGGUACAAUUCAAUACCACCUCCUGUGAUAGAUGUUAAAACUUGCACCCAUAAUCAUUUGACAAUUUGCUAAUUUCACCCCCUCCCCACCCAUCCCCAAAUUUCGACCCAACUGAAAAUUGUACUCAUAUGGUGCUGGGCACAACUUGAUUUGGACAUUUUUCACAAAACAUCUACUUCAGCUCUGAAUCAGAUUUAACUAAUGUUAUGAUUGAAAUGUAUUAGAAUAUUGUGUGCUGAGAUGUUGCCUUGACUGAGUGUCAUACAGCUAAUGUCCACUCUUCAAAAUUCAAAUUUGUUCAAUUUAAGUUAUCAGAUAAUUUAGUAAUUUUCCUACACUAGUUUUCCAACUGGAUUUGUUUUUUUUUAAAUUAUUACCUAACUUCUUUUAAGUGCAAAAUAAGUGUAUAUGAAUGGAGUAAAUUUGGAAAUCUGUUUUCUAAAAAGAAACAGAAAACAGAAUGAAAAUUCUUAGUUCAAACCAAUCCCAUAUAAACAGGCAGUAAUAUAUGUGAUGAUUUAGUGCAAUUAACUUUGCAUCUUUUUCGUACACAAAUGUAAUAAUUACAGCUUAAAUUAUGUUUGAAAUUUAUUUAUAUUAUUGUGAUUAAUAUCGUAUGCAGAACUUAUGCUGAUCUCUGUAUUGAGAAUUAGGAGAACAAUAUUUGAGACAAUGGAGCACCCAUUGUAAUUGAAAAGGGCUAACUACUUUGUCCAUAUUCUAGUCUGUUUACAUUUUGCACAACUUAUCCUAUUUGAAAGAAUACAUGUGAUUUUUGUAAAUUUAGCAGUUUAUGUACUAUCCGCUUUAAUAAUUUACCCACUGUAUUAUUUGUUUAACACUUUGGAAACUAAACAGCAAUUUUUUAUUUUGAACAAUUGUCUUUUCUUAGUUUUUGAUUUGUAAGAGAAGUCUUCUUUAACAUCUUCUCUAACUCACUAAUUAGAUCAUUGCUACUUUGUCCUCCAAAGUGUGGACAAAACAUGAAGCACUGUAUGUUUUAAAUGUUUCUUUAAUGAAAAUGUAAUUAUCUGCACUGUUCAUGUAAAUUUUAGACCAGAUGCUCUACAACCUUGAAUACAUUAAAGAGGAUCGAUUGAAUGUAAAACUUUGAAGAAAAGGCCACCGUUCUUAGUGAAAUGAUGUUAUUUUCCCCUAGAAACUUUAGGUUGCAUUUCCCUUGAACACAG